UAAUGCUUUCUUUACACUGUAACGCGGAGACGUUAUUGUGGAUGUUUAUGUCAAUAAUUAGACUGAAAGAGACGGACUCUAGGAACUGAAUCGCAUUAUUUUACAUAGUUUGUUUAACAGUGAAAGUGUGAAUAAUGGGAAAUUAGGUUGCCUUUGGUUUCCGAGCCCAGAUUUUGGUUCCAUAAUAUAAAACUUCACGCAAGCUAACAGCCACAGCUAACUAACCAUUAGUCAGGUAAAACAAAUCUGCACAAUGGAUGUCAGCAUUGCUGUAUCACUGAUUCAAGGCCAGAUGGGUGCCGUGGUCGAGCGGGCGGUGAACGGGGCAGUGGAGACGGUGCUGGCAGAAAUGCUCAAAGUGGUGGGAGUCAAAUUUGAGGAGCUGAAAUCCCAAGUGGCGCUGAUGAAGAGGGACAUGGCAGUACUGCAGAGGGAGAAGGCCCAAAAAGAGAAGGAGAAUGACAACAUCCGUGCAAAGCUGCGAUACACUGAACUGAAGCUGAAGUACUACAGGCAAGGAGUGGAGGAGGAGCUUCAGCAGAGAGUCUCAGCUUCUGCUCUGAUCCACGGUAUUUCUCCAGGACAAAGGGUUGGUUCAGGCGUUUCUCCUGCAGAGGCCUCUUCAUCAUGUUCGACUCAGACCAGGACUGCUGAGGUGUCACUCUCAAGAAGCAACCCAGAAUGCACUUCUUCACAGAGUACAAGCAAACAUGACAUCAGAACGUGUGUCAGACCUGAACCAGCUGACCUGCUGCUGCCUGUGUCGCUGUCUGAACCGUCUGAAAGCCUGGACAGCAGUUCAGUUUUAUUCUGCUCCACAGACCAAGACACAGCUGUGAACAAAGGCGAGGAGCUGGACAACGACAGUGAAUGGAAGGUCACUCUCCAACCGUUCACAGAUGGCGUGGACGCUGCUGUGGCUGCUCCCACUCUCCGGGUUCUCAGUGUGGAGUCGCAGCAGCGGUCCGACACCAGCUCGCUGACCCCAGAUGAUUCCACUCAGGCUGACAGCUCCACACUGCCCCCCUCCAUUCCACAGGUGAAAGUGAAGCAGGAGGUUCAGCCACAGCAGGAGGAAGAGGAGGAGGAGGAGGUGAUCUGUAUUAAGGAAGAGCCAGAGGAGGAGCAGGAGGUGAUGGCGACUCUGCUGCUGGACUGUGAUGUGCAGGACGGUCCUGUCUCAGAGUCAGAGGCUGUAAAGACGGUGACAGAGUGGUCUGGACCCCAGGCAAGUGGAAGAAAUCACAGUGCAGCAUGCAGCUCAUCUGGACCAAGCUCCUGCCUGAUGUCUCAGCCUGCUGCCCCCCUGCCGUCUGUGGUGGUCUCAGCCCCUGCCGUCCCCCCCCGUCAGGCGAUGCGUCCCUGGACUAAAGAGCUCAGCCUGUAUGAGGAAUACAAACUGCGCAGGAAUGAGGUGCGAAGGCGAAGCAUCAACAGACGCAGAGAGCUGGAGAAGAUGCUGCCUCAGCCGCUGCUCGCAGACCUGCUCCGAGAACGUAGAGAAAAGACCAGGCUGAGGGUGGCCAGAUGGAGGGCAAAGAGGAAACUCCAGGCCUGUCUGAACGAGGGUCAGACCCAAGAUGCUGGGGUUGCAGGAAUAUCCCAAAACAGAUUUCCAACCACCAACCAGCACCAGCAGCUGAGAGCGCCCUGCGCUUCAGCGUCCACUAGUCAGCAGAGACAGAGCUUAACGCUGCAUCAGUUUACCAGCCUCCUCUGCAACACCCGCCCCCUCAUCAACCCCUCAUCAUCGUCUUCCUCUCGGCCCCUGAGAGGCCCCAGCACCGCCUCACAUGCCAAUCAACAGGCUGUGACAUCAUCGACCUCGUACCCACAGGUCAACCUGUCGCAGCAGAGCAUCUCGCUGACAGACUCGGACAUUUUAGACGUAGAUGUUUGAGAUCGGGUUUAUAUUCCGAGACUGUGGUUGGCAAACGUUUAUAAUUCUAGAUGUUUGAGGUGGUAAAUAUACUGGGCUUCCUGAAAAGACCAAGUAUGUAACUUUUUGCAUUUUUGUCAAAUAUUUCCUCUCCGAGCAUUUCACCACUUUUAAAUUCUAAAAGCAUAAAUGAACACACUCUCACCUUCACAAAACUCUACGGUAGUUUCCUGAAGGCAACAUACAACUGAAACAAGCAUCCUCAUUCCUGCUGUGUGUCUCGACACUUGUCUUGGGCUACGUUGAGCCAGCAGGUCUUAAUGCACAAUUUAGAUUUUUUUGAUGAAAUACGAUUUUUUUGUGUGCUCGUUCAUAUUGCACAUUAAAUGCGACUUCUGUCAGUUUUGAAUAUGAACUGAAUGCGAUCCU